AUGAGCGCGUGCAGCUCCUUUUUUGGAAGAUUUUCGGGCGUGGGAGCCCCGAAACCACGAGCUAUCCGGAGGGACACAAGAUUGGUGAGUGCGCCCGUUCUCUCUCUCAGCGACACGGUCUUCGCCAGGACAGGGAGUGGGCAACGAUCAGGCGAAGAUCAUGCGGCUUCGUCUCCUUCUGACGCCUCGCGGAGUCCAGAAAGAAGCCGCCAGACACGGUCCCCAGUUCUUCCAGAGACUCUUGGCCGGAGCCAGGACGCACAACCACCCUGCUCCCCAGCGUGGAGGCAUCAUUCCCGGCCCUCUCCUGCCUCUUCUCCGUCGCUUAAACUUUCCGGUUUCCUGCUUGCUGGACCUCUCCGGAGACCCGGUUCUUCUGCUGGCUCGUCUGUUCCGCCAACCUCAGCCCUUGUCGCCCACGGGCUGGUGCCCGUCUCCUCUCGCGCAGGGGCGUCUAAGGCAUCUGCACGCUUUCUGUCGACGUCGAGGUUCUCGUCGCGGCGGGGAGUUUCAGCGUUGCUCCCCGCGAGCUACACCGCUCUCGGCUCUGGCGCAUUCAGCCAAAACCUCGUCGACCUCGGCCGCGCCCGGCCCGCAGCGUUUGCCUCCAGGCGGGGCUACGACAGCCGAUGGGUGAAGCGUCUCGACAGACUCAGAGAGUCGAAAUUCUACGACCCUGCGCCGAUCAUCAAGGAGGAAGAGAUUUUAGAGGCCGACAAAAUCCACCCGCUCUUGAAGAAGGUCACGCCCAGCUGGAACAGUCGCAGAACGGGGCUUCUGGCGUAUAAGAUUGGCAUGAUGUCCUUGUGGGACGGGUGGGGAGAGCGGCAUGCAGUAACAGUCUGCCAAGUCGACCGCUGUGUGGUGAUGGACCAGAGGACGCUGGACAAGGACGGCUACGAGGCUUGCGUCAUGGGCAUUGGGUACAAGCCGAUUCACAAGGUGACAAAGCCAAUGCUUGGAGUCUACAUCCGGUCGCAGAUUGAGCCGAAGAGUCGAAUCGCAGAAUUCAAGUGCAGCAGCGAUUGCCUUCUUCCAGUUGGCCACGAAAUGUCUGUGCGCCAUUUCACUCCGGGACAGCAGGUCUUUGUCAGCGGGUGGUCCAAGGACAAGGGCUACCUGGGAGUGAAGAAGCGAUGGGGGUUCGCAGGUCAAAACGCCUCCCACGGUGUCGAAGCCAAGGCUCACAGCAGCCCCGGAAGUAUCGGACAAAGCAAGACUGUGAACGUCGUGUGGCGCUUCAAGAAGAUGGCCGGGCAUGCGGGCGGAGACCCCCGUGUCGUCAACUGCAAAGUGUUUCGCAUCGAAGCCCAAAGAAAUCUCAUUUUCCUCAAAGGUUGUGUACCAGGCUACAAGGGGAGUUUGAUUAAAAUAAGCGACGCUCGAGGAAAAACGCACCACAGACACAACCGCCACAUUCCCCUCCACUUUCCGACGUUCGUGCCAGAGCCUGGCGUUUCGUACCCCGUCACGCUGGAGUGUCCAGACGCUGAGCAGGACCCGUUUCUGUAUCCCGAGAUCGCGAUCGCGGACAAGGAGAAGUAG